UCUGUAGCAGUCUACAAUCAUUACAAGAGGAUCUAUUAUGAUAAUCUGUCAGACUGGUCUGCAGGCGAUUCAAAUACUGAUGGAUCUAUGAUUAAUGAUAAUGAUACGGUGGAACUUGAAAAAAGCAACAUUCUUUUAAUUGGUCCCACUGGCUCAGGGAAAACACUACUAGCGAAAACAUUGGCCCGAUUUGUGAAUGUACCUUUUGUCAUUGCUGAUGCCACAACCCUCACACAGGCAGGAUAUGUUGGUGAAGAUGUGGAGUCCAUACUUUACAAACUUUUGAUGGCAGCUGACUUUAAUGUGACGGCGGCCCAACAAGGAAUUGUUUAUAUUGAUGAAGUUGACAAGAUCACUAAGAAGGCUGAGAGUCUAAACAUUAGCAGAGAUGUAUCUGGGGAAGGAGUUCAACAGGCAUUGUUGAAAAUGCUUGAAGGAACAGUUGUUAAUGUACCAGAGAAAGGAGCAAGAAAGCAUCCACGUGGUGACAAUAUCCAGAUUGAUACGAAAGAUAUUCUCUUCAUCUGCGGAGGUGCAUUUGUUGAUCUAGAGAAGACUAUCUCAGAAAGGCGUCAGGAUUCUUCCAUUGGUUUUGGAGCACCUGUUCGUGCAAACAUGCGGUCUGGUGGUUUGGCAAAUGCUGCUAUAACUUCGUCUUUAUUGGACUGUGUUGAAAGUGGUGACCUUAUUGCAUAUGGUUUGAUCCCAGAAUUUGUUGGGAGGUUCCCUGUACUUGUUUGCUUGUCUGCUCUCAAUGAAGACCAACUCCUUCAAGUACUUACUGAGCCUAAAAAUGCGCUUGGGAAACAGUAUAAGAAGCUUUUUAAAAUGAACGAUGUCAAAUUACAUUUUACUGAAAAGGCUCUGCGGCUUAUUUCAAAGAAAGCAAUUGCUAAAAAUACAGGUGCUCGGGGUUUGCGAUCCAUACUAGAAAGUAUUUUGACAGAAGCAAUGUAUGAGAUUCCUGAUGUAAGAACUGGGAAAGAGCAAAUAGAUGCUGUGGUCGUUGAUGAGGAAUCUGUUGGAUCUUCAAACUCGCAUGGAUGUGAAGCUAAAAUUUUGUAUGGUGAAGAAGCACUCGAGCGCUUCCUUUCUCAACAAAAUAGCGAACAGUCAAUGAAAUCGCUCGAGCAGCUUGAGGGAGAAUCUGAGGUGGAGCCAGAGCUUCCUUCAAGAGCUGCCAGCAUAUAAUAAUAUCCUUUGACAAGUAAUUUUCUCUGUACAUGACUGCUUUCUAUUUUGUUCUUUGCAUUUAAUACAGUUCUAUUUUGUAGUUCUCAUCAAUUCUUCCUCCCGUUUAAAAUAAUCUCUUUACCAUAAGCGGUUUGAACAGAUCAAUUAUUU